AACCGCUAUGACGUUCAAGGUAGGUGACCACAAUACUGUACCGGGGAACCAAGAAGAAACAGCUGAACAACUUAUCCAAGUAGCUUUGUAGUUAUUGAAAUACUUCAAGCUCAUAGAACAACACCUUACUGCUUAAAAGAAGAGAGGAUGUUUGGGGUGUAGAUCUUGCUUCAGACUCGGUGGCACUCGGUGGAAGACAGGAUGCCGUACCACUGUGUGGCCUAUGGAUGUGGCAAAACUGCUGAAGAUGGUGUGACGUUGUUUAGAUUCCCCAAAGACCCUGAGGAGUUUCACAAAUGGGAGAAGCAGGUCCAGCGCACCCGCAGCCAGUGGCUCGCCACACCCAACUCCCACCUCUGCAGCGAGCACUUUGGCAAGGAGUACUUUGAGCCCAAACCACCCACGGGGACUCUGAAGCUGAGGCCGGGAGCCGCUCCCACAGUGUUUGUCCGUCCUCACUGCUCCUCCUGCAAUGGGGAUGGUUGUACUAACUGCCUGCCUGCUAUACAACGCCGGGGUAUUGCGGCUGAGCCAAGAGAGCGUAACAUUUCUGCAGAAUACAAUGAAAUGGCGCCCUUACAGUUUGAUGAUACGGAUGCAGGAGGUGACGAAGAACAUCUACCGGGAGAAGGGGUGAAGCCGUCGGGAAACCCCAAAGAAGAACGAGUGGUGUGUGAGAUGUGUGGCACCACCGGCAGUAGUAGCAGCUUCUUUUCGAAGACCAAGCGUUUCUGCAGUACAUCCUGCUCACGCUCCUAUUCAUCCAACUCCAAGAAGUCCUCCAUACUGGCACGUCUGCAGGGAAGACCCUCAAAAAAAGGCACAGUAGCGAACAAGGUGCACAAAGCCCCUCCAGCCCCAGUAGGACUAGAUGCAUCUGCUGUGGGUUUUGAGUGGGGCGAAUACUUGGAUAAGGAAACAUCUCUGGCUGCAUCUGUCUCCUGCUUCAGACAUGCUCCCCUGUGUGCCCAGUGGGACGACAUCGCGGUAGGAAUGAAGGUGGAGGUUCUGAAUACUAACGCUGUCCUACCCAGUAAAGUUUACUGGAUUGCUACUGUCAUCCAGGUCGCAGGAUACAAAGCCCUGUUGAGGUAUGAAGGCUUCGAGCACGACAGCAGCCGUGAUUUCUGGUGUAGCCUCGUUUCAGGAGAGCUGAACCCGAUUGGAUGGUGCGCCAUGACGAGCAAGCUGCUGGUGCCUCCACAAGAUGUGAAUCAGAACAUCCCAGACUGGAAGGAGUAUCUGAUGAAAAAGUUGGUGGGCGCCCACACGCUACCUGUUGACUUCUACCUGAAGUUGGCAGAGAACAUGAAGCACUCUUUCAGAAUAGGCAUGCGUGUGGAGGUGGUGGACCCCAAAUACGUGAGCCGGACCCGCGUGGCCAUCAUAGACUCCAUUAUUGGUGGCCGUCUGCGGCUGGUGUAUCUAGACCAAAGUGACUCCCCUGAGAAUGUCAUCUCUGAUUUCUGGUGCCACAUGGCGAGUCCCCUCCUGCACCCAAUUGGCUGGUCCAGCAAAGUGGGUCAUGACAUUAAAGCACCUGUAAGCAGUGCGGAAUCUGCUGCCGGUGGUUUUAAGGGUAACUCUGACAGUCCGUUCCAGCUCUUUAAAAAGCCCAGGAUCGUCUACAUGGAGGGGGGGUUCUUUGAGGAAGGAAUGAAGCUGGAGGCCAUCGACCCACUAAACAUGGGGACCAUCUGUGUGGCCACUGUGCACAAGGUGCUGUUAGAUGGCUAUCUGAUGGUUGGUAUCGAUGGCACCAUAUCCAACAACGGCUCUGACUGGUUUUGUUACCAUGCCUCCUCUCAUGCCAUCCUACCCAUAAACUUCUGUAAAAAGAGCAAGAUCCCUCUCACGGUACCUCAAGGUUAUGACGCCAAGACCUUCUCCUGGGACAAAUACCUGAAGGAGACCAAAGCUAAAUCUGCACCAGUACACCUGUUCAACACUGACUACCCAGGUCAUAACUUCUCCCCCAAUUUGAAGCUGGAGGCAGUGGACCUCAUGGAGCCGCGCCUGGUGUGUGUGGCCACCGUGAAACGCUGCGUGGGUCGACUGCUGCUUAUCCACUUUGACGGCUGGGAGGAUGAGUUUGACCAGUGGGUCGACUACCAGUCCCCAGACAUCUACCCUGUUGGCUGGUGCGAGCUUGCAGGCUACCAGCUCCAGUCGCCCCCUGGACUUGUUGAUGCAACCGAAAACCAGACAGCACGGAACAAGACAUGCAAGCCACAUAUGUACGGGAAAAAGAAAAAGAAGAAUGCAAAGAAGAGACUGCUCUCUCAUGACCAAAACAAAGAUGAUGAUGGUCAGCACCCUAAGGUCAUUGGUAGUAACAGUCCUCCAGGGCUGGUAGGCCUCAGGCCUCAACCAGAGGUGCCCCUCAUCCAGCUCAAAAAUGAGCCAGAGGAACAGGAGAUCUUUGCAGUGCAGGUGAAAGUGGAGGAGGUAGAGAUGGAGAUGGAGAUCCCGAAUGAUCCUCCAGAUAACCCUCGACAAGUCUCUCUGGCUAAGAUCAAGCAGGAGAAGGUAGGGAAGGAGGGAAGCCGAGGAGAUGACAGUGCCAUGGAUGAAAUGUUGGAUAGCAAUACCGAGCAGGACACGACAGGAGAGGCUGAAGGAUUGGAGACAUGACACAAGUAUGUCUGUUCAAAGAAUGAAGAGGAGAAGUAAAGAAACUGGGAUGACUCCAUGAUGGAGUAAUGUGAAGUCUAUGUGGCAAUGAAGGGACCGAAAGGAAACACUGAAAAAGACCAAAAUAAGACAAUCAAAAGCAGGCUGGAACAUAAUGAGCAACAUCAAGAGAGAGCCAGUGCACCUUUUAAAGUCUGGUGGUUUAAAUACUUUAUAUACCCUAAAAUCAUGAACGCAUAUGGUUCACAAGAAACACUAUAGCCAGUUUUGAAGCUACCUCCUUUUCUAAUUAAGUUCCUCAACAGACUAAUGUCAUUUGUGCAGAUGUGAUUGCUUUUGACUUGUUUAGUUGAGUUAAACUGUGUAUAAUUAAGUCGAACAAAUCUCUUAAAUGUGGCUUAAAUGAGUGUUUCUUCAUUGAGAUUUAAUGACAUGGCAGACAAAUGUUUGUUGUAAAGAUUUAUUUUUCCUGUUUUAUAUCCAGAUGUGUUUUUUGUAAAUAUGCACUCAUAAAAAAUACUGUGACUGAUUUAA